CUGGCUCUGUUGCCAAGGCUACCGUACAGCCUCUUGCUGCAUAUACCUAGACGAAGCUGCCGCCUGUGGAUCUCUCUCUCCUCCAGGAUAAAAACAACAGAAAACCCAUCAGACUUUUAUACUUCUUAUCCAUCUCUCUUUCACACACACACACACACACACACACACACACAUACGCACUCACACACAUCCGUAGAUUCUGCCUCUCCUAACCUCACACAGUCCUCUCGCUGUCCGUCUGUCUCCUUCUCACUCCUUUUUCUCCCAGACAGAGGAGCAGUAAAGGGAUUGGCGUGGUUCUUGGUGUUUGGCUCCUGGUCUUUGGCUCGGAGGGAGCAGAGCGCCAGAUGGCAAUGUGAAGACGGGCUCAGCCAGGGUCCAGUGGCACAGAAGAAGAGGAGGGGAGAUGAGAGAGAGGAGAGCAGAGAAGGCUCGACUCCGUGCAUACUGAUUCGACUGGAGCAAUCUGAAUGUAUUUCUGAGGGUGUCUGCUUAGUCUGGCUCGAAUCAUCCCUGCCUCUUAGGGAGGGAGCGAGAGGCUGAGAGAGGCAGAGAAAGAAAGGAGAGGGGAAGAAAUAUUGACAGUUUACUGUGUCGCCUUACAUCACCAUCCUCCGCUCAUGAAAGCACAGCUGGGAGCUGACAAGGGUGCUACUCCACUGAACCUGUCUCAGCGUGACCAGUUGAGUUUGAGUCGUAAGGCGUCUCUGCUGUACGUGUAGCAUUUUGGACACAACACGAUUUGUCUCACAAUGGCUGACAGCGGCUGGUUGCCACAGGAUACAGGAUUUAACUUGAUCAUGUGAUCUGACUCCCUCCCCAGUUCGCUGCCAUCUAUCAUAGGGGGAUCAUGACCCGUCGGCUGAGCAGCUCCACCCGUUCCCACACUGAGGACUCCAUUUUCCUGAGGCCCGAUGAGGACCCCGUCUGGCUGGAUGAGCCCACAAAGACUGAAAAAAUAGGCGACGGAGUCCUUAAAAAAGAUGGACUCCCAAAAUGCAAAGAUGGACCCACAGGGGGCCAAAGCAAACAGGGAGAGGAAGUGUUUAUGCACAAGGUGUACGCGCUGGUGAUUGAGAUCCACUGCUGGGCUGCACUGUUUGUCGUCUCCCAAGUCACAGGGUACUGGGUGUUUUUUGUGGUGGAAGGAAACGGGCCGCUCUCUUCCAUCUACAAAGCACUGCAGAUCAUUGACUUCUACCUUGGCUUUGUCUUACCCUGCUACCCGAUUUUCGGAAUGGACUCCAUGGUGUUGAUGAGGGAGGUGGUAAACACCAAACAGCACAACUGGAUUGUCCAUGGAACUGCAGGCAUUGGGGUAGCCAUCUGUGUUCUCAUGGUCAUCCACAUGGUGUGUAAGUGGCAUUAUGGCACUGGCUUGUGGUCGUCAGGAACAGUUUCGCGGGACAUUGGUGAUAGGCGUCAGUCUGUGAGCCGCCAGCCCUCCUUCACCCUGUCAGAGUGGACGGACGCUCAGGAGGAUCUGCUGGACAUGGACCGUGUACCCCAGACGCCGGUCUUUGAAAUGGGCACCGACACCAGGACGGAGGGUGAUGCCGCCACCCUCACAGUCACACCAGUGGGGCUUCAGGAGAGGAGGGGCUCCAAUGUUUCCCUGACCUUGGAUAUGUGUACACCGGGCUGCACUGAGCCCUACGGCUACGGUGCCCAGCUCUCCCCCAGAGACCAGUCGGCCCAGGAGUACCUCAGAGAGGGAACACACACCUUGACCCCUGCCAUGCUACACACACGGGCCAUGGAGGACCAGAGCCUGCAGGCUGAGUUUUAUGAAACUCCCAUGAACUUUGUGGACCCUAAGGAGUACAACUACCCAGGGCUGGUGAGAAAGAACCGCUACAAAACCAUCUUACCCAACACACACAGUAGAGUGAUCUUGAAGUCACAAGAUGAAGAUGAUUUCCUCACUACCUACAUCAAUGCUAAUUAUCUCAAAGGUUAUGGGGGUGAGGAGCGUGCAUACAUUGCCACCCAGGGUCCUACCGUGAACACAGUGGGAGACUUCUGGAGGAUGGUGUGGCAGGAGAGAAGUCCAAUCAUAGUGAUGAUUACCAACCUGGAGGAGAAAAACGAGAAAUGUGCAGAGUACUGGCCUGAGGACACUGUGACCCAUGAGGGCAUCGAGAUCACCGUUGUCACGGUAACCCAGGAGGAUGACUACAGUCUAAGGGUGUUUACUUUGAAGUGUGAGGAAGAGGAGCGCAGUCUGCGGCAGUACUGGUACACCUCGUGGCCUGAUCAGAAGACUCCAGAUAAGGCACCACCUCUUCUGGAGCUGGUGCAGGAAGUGGAAAGGGCCCGAGAGGAAGCCCCACCCUCCGCUGGCCCUAUAAUUGUCCACUGCAGUGCUGGAAUUGGUCGAACUGGCUGCUUCAUUGCCACCUCCAUCCUGUGCAAGCAGCUGAGGACUGAGGGUGUGGUUGACAUCCUGAGAACCACCUGCCAGCUCCGUCUGGACAGGGGUGGGAUGAUCCAGACGUGCGAGCAGUACCAGUUUGUGCAUCAUGUUCUCAGCUUGUAUGAGAAACAACUGUCUCACACUGCUGAGGAGUAGAGUGAGCACCAUACAGCCACACCCAGACCGAGACACACCACUGUACACUGUACCGCCUCUGGUGGUACACACCACUGUACCUAGCAUCAUCUCAAUCUCACCCUUUAACAAGUUCUUACCAUGUUAACCUUUCCACCCAAGACAGGAUCGCUCAGACAGGACUGAAUGGUUGACAUGAAUUCUGUGCUUAUUGUAUGUCUUGAGCAGAACAAACAUUGGGGUUAGGAUUUGAGAUAGCCCCCAAAAAUCCAGAAAUAAUCCAAGCCCACACUCCUGACAUCAUUUCAUUUGCAGUGCUGAGGUCGUCAAGACCUCAUUUAAUACUUAGUCUGAAAUAGCCCCCGCACAUACUAUAUGUACCAUUAUCAAAAAGUUUAACUGGAGCUGAAGUAUAAUCAGAUCACCUGCGACAGUGUCAGUUUGCUGUAAGGAGGAAAUUCAAAUUCAGUAUCAAUAAUAAGGGCCCUUUACAUUACAAAUGCCAGCAUAAUUUCAAUCUACAGACGUGAUCAAAUGCCAGCCUAAUAUUAAACACUGUAUAGAUGUAAAAGUCCACAUAAAACAUAAGUUAACUCAUAUCUUUUCUUGUUGACUCUCAUUGACUCUGACUUUUGAUGUAAAAAAAUCAUUAUGGAGGGCCUGUUUCAACUUUUGAUGCGUUCAGGAGCCACCUCAUCUUCAGGUUGCAUGGUGCUAAGUGUUCAUUAAAGGCAUGUGCAAUGUUAUGGAACAUAGGAAUGUAUAACAAUUAGGUUAUUAAUUAAAUAAUUAGGAUUUCUGUGCAAUCUACAGUAUUACAGUUUUACCAUGCUGCCUGUGCAGUCCUCAUGGCCCAUAAUGUUUACAGUAAACAACUCCUGCAUUAAGGCCACAUAGACGUACACUCAGAGGCGUCACAGAGCCGCUGACACUGAGGGGACAGAGGCCAGGAAUAGAAUCAGACCGUCAAUAAAAAUCAAUGAAAAGACCAAUCAAAGCUCUGGAGAAUGUGACAUAUACACACAGGGAAGUGUAAUGCAGAGGAAAGCAAAACAUUGCAUCAAAAAAUGCUCCAUAGAUUGAUUAUCUUGUAAAUGUUCCAUUACUAUAAUGAAGCUUAGCGCCCUCAGAGUGUGAUGAUCUGUGAUGCCUCUGCUUUAAACAGUAGCUUGAACACAUCCGUGAAGUUAGAAGCCCAUGAUUGUUGUAUAGACAGGCCAGACCUAAUCUGUAUGAAGCACAAUAGACCAACUAAGGUUGUCUCUGAUGUUCAGCUGUAAAAGUUUUUUUUUUCUGUAUUGUGUUUUGAUUGUGUUGAGUUUAAUGGAUUGCAUGUGCUGUAUGGGACUCCAUAGGUCCACAAUCAAAGCGACGUGAUUGGUUGUCCUGCUUUUUGUUGUGUAAAAGGGUUUAAGCCUAUUAUAUUGCUUGCUCUCGGCCAAUGCUUUUGAUACAGUUUGCUUUUGUGAAACCAACCAGAGAUAUUUUUAGAACAUUUUGAUACAAUCCUUUCGAGUAGAUGCCUUGUGUAUAUUUCCGUUUACACCAUGAUGGAAUGUAGCUCAUACUGUGGAUCAAACCAUUGGUUUAUACUGCAAGAUUUGACAGAACAAAAUGUGACAACUACCUAAGUUACCUUACAGUAUAGAAAAUAAGUAGAUUAUGUUCAGUCUUCAGUAUUAUUACUUUCUGCCUUUAGGCUUUGCUUUAAUAUGCUUUGCUUUCUGUGUAUGUUUUUAUGGUUUUCUUGGAGAAUUUUACCUCAGACUGAGUUUUUACGCAGUCCCCACUCGAUUCUGUCUGUGACUCUAGGCCCCUCUCAGUUGACAACACGAGAAAUAAUUGCUAUGUGUAAGGCAGCUAAAACAGUGAAGACAGUUUUAUAAGUAACAAAAAUCACACUCAAACAACUUCUAUCUUGACUUUAAUGCAUCAGAUCAACAGUCAUGAACAUUAUCAGAGGAUGAAAUUAAUUAUGUGAACUCGGACCAAUUUAUAAACAUCAAAUCAACUAGCAAAUUAAACUGCCAAAAUGACCUUUUACAGGAAACUAGGACUGAGAUUGAUAAGAAAUGCAACCAUCUAUUUUCAGACUUGUGACAUAAUCCUCUGAUAAUGUCCAGUGUACUUAACUGAAAAGCUUUUAUUUUGAGUGCUUCUUUUCAAAGCUUACCUGCUCCUCCUCUGAUCAAAAUGGGGAUGACGAAAUAGCCAAACAGUCAGACAUACAACCAACCAGCAAUUAGUAUUCCUCUCCUCUGCUACAGUAACGCUUUAAGUUGUGAGUUUUUGCAUCCAAAUAAAGGUAGAUUUUCAUGAA